UGUUUUGAAUGCAGAAACCAGGCGACUGCUCACCCGAAAGAAAAAGGAAAAACAAUCUUCGAUAGAACUCGCUCCCUAGUCCCUCUUCUGUCCCGAACCCACUGCGCCUCCUCCUCUGCCCCGAAUCCCCCGCCCUCGUCCUCUCUCCCCGUGGUGCCUCCGUGGGGUCGCCGUCGACGAGAUCCGCCGCCGCGCGUUGCGGCCGGGAUUCCACGCAGUUGCUGGGCGCCGGCCGGGAGACCACCGGGGAUGCUGCCGUCGAUGGAGGGAGUCAACGCCGGGCCAAGUGACAUCAAGUUCCUGAGGAAAGAGCUCGAGGCCAUGCAUGCGUUCCUUCUGGUGAUGUCGGACGUGGAGCAACCCGAUGAGCAAGCAAAGAUCCGUGUGAAGGCUGUGCGAGACCUGUCCUAUGACAUCGAGGACAACAUCGACAAGUUCAUGCAACUCGUUGAACCUGAGUCCAGUUCUAAUGAUAGUGGCUUCAUGGACCUUAUUAGCAAAUGCAAGAGAAAGGUAAAAGAUAUCAAGACCCGUCAUGAGAUCGCCAAGGAGGUGAAACACAUCAAGGACCAAGUCAAGGAAGUGAGCGAGAGAUAUGCAAGGUACACCAUUGAUGGGUUCUCUGCCAAGCCUAGAAAUGCAAAAGUUGACCCCCGAGUCAUGGCUGUUAUUAAAGAUGCAUCAGAGCUUGUUGGCAUCGAUGGCCCAAGAGAUGAGCUUGUAAGGUAUCUGGGCCAGGACGGUGAUGAAUCGACACGCCACCUGAAAUUUGUCUCCCUUGUUGGAUAUGGAGGUUUAGGCAAGAUUACUCUUGCCAACCAAGUCUAUCAAAAGCUUGGAGCAAACUUUGAAUGCCAGGCUAUGGUGUCGAUUUCACGAGAUCCUGACAUGACCAAGAUUUUGAGUUCAGUAUUAUCUCAAAUCAGCAACGGAGGAAAGAUUCAUGGCCGGUCAGGGGAUCAACAAGCCAAAAUCAGCCAGAUCAGAGAAUUCCUGGAAAAUAAAUGGUACCUUAUAGUGAUCGAUGAUAUAUGGGAUGUACCUACAUGGAGAAUUUUGGAGUGUGCAUUAUUUAAGAACAGAUGUGGCAGUAGAAUAAUGAUCACAACACGGAUUAACGAUGUAGCUAAAUCAUGUUGCUCUUCUAUUGGUGAUCUUGUCUACAAAAUGAAACCACUCAAUAAAGAUGAUUCAAAGAAGCUAUUUUACAAGAGAAUAUUUGGUAGUGAAGAGAACUGCCCUUUUGACUUCAAAGAAGCCUCGGCAGAUAUUUUGAAAAAAUGUGGUGGUUUGCCAUUGGCCAUCAAUUCUAUCUCGAGUUUGUUGGCUACUAGGCAAACAAAAGAAGAGUGGGAUCAGUUGGCUCUGUUUCCUGAAGAUUACAAGAUCCGAAGGGAGCGCUUAGUGCGCAGAUGGAUUUCAGAGGGUCUUAUUCGUGGUGAAGAUGGGGAAGAUCUUGCCGAAUUAGGAGAUGUAUAUUUCCAUGAGCUUGUUAAUAGAAGUUUAAUACAGCCGGUGGACAUAGGAUAUGAUGGCAAGGCAUAUAACAAAGUUCGUCGGCUGUCCCUGAUGGGAGAUGGUGAUGAAAGUAAUGUGAUUAAACCUCAUGAGUUGGAUUUGUCACAUGUUCGAUCAAUUGGUGCUUUUGGGUAUGGGUUUGGCAAGCAAAUACCUUUCUUUCUGAAGUCAGAUGCACUCCGCGUGUUGGACUUGGAAGGUUGCUUUGGACUGGAAGAACAUCAUCUGAAAAAUAUUGCAAGAUUCUCUCAGCUGAGAGCCACAGGAUCUUCAAAUGAUUGGACACAUACCCACUCUGAGUUCAAUUUGGAUGUCUAUGGAGCCUGCAUCAUCACCAGCGGAGGAUUUCAACAGUUGCAGAAGUUUGCAGUCGAAUGCAAUGAUUUGAUGUUUGAAAACGGGGCUAUGCCGAAGCUCAUGGAGCUUCGCCUCUAUAUCCGCUCAAUUAAGUGCAACUCUGGUGGUAGUUCAAAAAAACAAAAAAAGAUCAACUCUGGUGGUGUUGGCGUUUUUGAUUUUGGCAUCCAUGGCCUCCCUUGCCUUGCUACAGUCCAUGUCAUCAAGGAAGCAUUACCAUGGAAUGUGGGAUGA